CGCCCCCCCCCCGGGGAGGGGCCGCGCGGACAGCUGCCUCCCCGCUGGGGAUGAGGCCGGGCCGCGGGGGAGAGAGGAGUUAACGGGGCCUCCAUGGCCCUCGCCUAGGACCGGACUGCAGGCCUGGGCCCAGGCGUCGGGGCGCCCUCGACGGUCCCCAUCCCCGGCCCGACGGUCCCCAUCCCCGGCCCGCAGGUGUGGGUGGCCCGGGGCCCGGCCGCCGCCGACCAUGCUGGAGCGAGGAGACCAGGCGGCCGGCGGCAGCGGGAGGACCCCCGUGGACAAGGACCCCGGCCUGACCAACGGAGGGGCCUCCCGUAAAGCCAAGCCGAAGCGGAGCCGGCCCCCCGAGUCCGGGCCGGCGGGCGGGCGGGGGCCGGGGCCGGCGCCGCCCUCGCGCGCCCGCCGCCCGCCGCCCCCCCAGCGUCCCCACCGCUGCCCGGACUGCGACAAGAGCUUCUCCUACCCGUCCAAGCUGGCCACGCACCGGCUGGCCCACGGCGGCCAGCGGCCCCACCCGUGCCCCGAGUGCCCCAAGUCCUUCUCCUACCCCUCCAAGCUGGCCGCCCACCGCCUCACCCACAGCGGGCACCGUCCCUUCCCCUGCCCGGACUGUCCCAAGGCCUUCGGCCACCGCUCCAAGCUGGCGGCCCACCGCUGGACCCACUCCCCGGCCCGCCCCUACCCCUGCCCCGACUGCCCCAAGUCCUUCUGCUACCCGUCCAAGCUGGCCGCCCACCGCCACACCCACGCCGGGGGCGCCCGCCCCUACCCCUGCCCGCUCUGCCCCAAGUCCUUCUGCUACCCGUCCAAGCUGGCCGCCCACCAGCAGCGGCACGGGGCGGCCGCCGGCGCCGCCGGCCCCUCGCCGGCCCCCCCGGCGCCCGCGGCCCGGGAGGCGGCCGCCCCGCACCGCUGCCCCGCCUGCGGCCAGGGCUUCGGCCAGAGGCGGCUCCUGGCCCUGCACCAGAGGAGCCACCGUGGCGAGGCCAAGGCGGGCAAAGGAGCCAAGGCGGAGCGGGCCUGACCCCCUCGCCGGCCCCCCGCCUCCCCCGUCCCCCUCCACCCGGCCCUGCUCGCCCCUCAGCCGCCGCCAGCUUUCGGUCCCCGUCCCUCC